AUGACAAAUACGAGUGAUAUAAUAUCAUUCAUUUGUAUGAACAAAAAGUACAAAGAUGUUGUCGACUCGAUGUAUAUUAAUCCAUACAAAUUGUCAUAUUACAAUUCUGUGGAAAAAAUACAGAAAUUGUUUCCAGCGCUUCAAACAUUAUAUUUGACAGACUUGAUCACCAAAAACAGAAAAUUGCAGACAGACGUGACACACCUUGAAAUCGACUUUUUGUCGUGUUCAAAAACUUUUCUGUUUAUACAAUUCAAUAAAAAAAACAUCAUUGAAAAGAUCAGAAAACUUCGAAUCAAAUUUUACAACUUGGACUGCUUAACAAGCGACGUAGAGAUGUUUCAGAAUCUCCAAGAUCUAUUUGUUGACCUUUCAAUGUUCACGGCAAAUUCAAACGAUCGACUUUUCGAAAUGAUUGGUCACAGGACUUUGAGAAGAGUCAUUUUGACAAUUUAUGCAAGUCAACUUGAGGUUUUUUCCAAGUUCGAUUAUUCGAAACACCCAUUAACAGAUUACGUCUUUAUUGUAAUCGAAAUGGAUCUGGAUGAUAUAAAAGAAAAUUCUAAAGUGACACAAAAGAAAUUGCAGUAUAGAAAUGUCAAAAUUUAUAGUGCCAUUUAUACUAAUUUUUUCGAUUUCAUCCCAAUAGGUGUUCUACAAAAUAGUUUUUAUAAUGUAUUUGUUACACAUUUCUCUGAUUUUGAUGAAAAUGAUAAACAUUUUUCUCGUGAUGUAUUAAACCGCGACCAAAUUCUGGUAGAUUCAUAUUGCGAUAAAUGUGAUGUUGCAGUCACCGAAGUUAUCAACAAGUGUUUACUCAAUAAUGUUGUUCUAAAAAAUUACAACAAUGAUGACAUUCAAACUACUCAAAGAGGAUAUCUAAGAAAAAUGUCACAUCACAGACAAAUUUUGAAUUUUGAGACCACAACCAUUCGUACAAUUUCCAUGUUCAAUUGUCAAACAAGUAACAUGAAAACGUGUAUGGUGAUGUGUAUUUGGACGACUGUGUUUUAG